AAAAACACACCAGAGUAUACCAACAAUCAGAGUAUACCAACUAUGCCCGGUGGUUGCAGCAUCAGAGCUCUCUGGAUCCUCAACAAUCACGACGUCGUCGUCUUCUCUCGGAGGUUUCCGGUAGUUGAGGGGCGGUGGCGUGCAGCUUGCAAGAGCGGGAACAAGACCACCACCGAUGAUAAUUUUAAGUACACUGUGUUGCCCAUACUUCCGACUGAUUCAGAGUUAGCUGCUGCAUUUGUGGACCGCAAAAAGAGGGAGGGAUCUGCUCGUGGUUUUGGUAUACGUGUAACUCAGUCAGCUGAAGGCUCAGAUUCAUGGGUUGAUGAUCCAAUUACACGCCACAUUAUAAGCCUUUAUAUCAACAAAGAAGAGGAAGGAGAGAAUCAUUUGCUAUGGCCAUUAACUUUGCACAUAAAAGGCCUUUAUUGCAUCCUUGUAUUGCCUUUGGUCGAGCCCCGCCAUUUAAAAGCAUAUGCAAGAAUUUGUAAACAAUCUGAUUGCGGAAAUGCUAUUGGAGAGGAUGAAAAUGUAUCUUCCCUCCUGCUUGAUCUUCCAUCCAUCACAGGGGCAUUUAUGGUUGCACAUACACUAGGUGACAUAAUUACAGGCGAUAUUCCAGAACCUGAAGUACUUGUAAGUGUUUCUCCAUCGGUAGGAGGCUUGUUGGAUUCUUUAACUGGCAGUAUAGGGAUUUCAGGUAUUUCUGCAAGAGCAAAGCCUGUAGCAGCACCAGUUGCGGCAUCCACCAUUGCAAGCACUGCUGUAAGUGGAGCUGUUACAUCAGAUGCUCCAAAGAUUGGUUUGCGGCCCCUGGACAAAGAUACACUUCGAACUUUCAUUAGUAGCUCAAUGCCCUUUGGUACACCAUUGGAUCUUAACUAUUCCAAUAUUUCCGCUAUUAAGGUGAAUGGCUUUACUUCAUCAGAUUUGCCUCCAGCAGACCGGAGGCAACCUGCAUGGAAACCUUACCUCUACAGAGGAAAGCAAAGAGUGCUUUUUACUAUUAUUGAGACAGUUCAUGCUGCUAUGUAUGACCGCGAUGAAAUUCCAGAUAGUAUAUCAAUUUCUGGUCAAGUGAAUUGUAGAGCAGAAUUAGAAGGAUUGCCUGAUGUUUCAUUUCCCUUGACCGGUCUGGACUCUGCUUGCAUUGAAGUUCUAUCAUUUCAUCCUUGUGCUCAAGUUCCAGAGCAAGGUGUGGAUAAGCAAUCUGUGAUGUUUUCACCACCAUUAGGUAAUUUUGUUUUAAUGCGUUACCAGGCAAUUUGUGGCACUGGACCUCCCAUAAAGGGGUUUUAUCAGCUGUCGAUGGUCUCAGAAAAUGAAGGUGCAUUUUUAUUCAAGUUGCACCUGAUGGAAGGAUAUAAAUCUCCUCUAACAAUGGAGUUCUGUUCCCUGACUAUGCCUUUUCCUAGGAGAAGGGUGGUGUCGUUUGAUGGGACACCUUCUAUUGGGACAGUUUCUACUACCGAGCACUCAGUUGAAUGGAAAAUUAUAACAAGUGGGAGGAGUGUUUCUGGGAAGAGCAUUGAAGCAACUUUCCCUGGAACAGUUAGGUUUGCGCCUUGGCAAACUCAAAGACUUCCCUCCUCUGUGUCAGUCUUGGGAAGUAUAGCUGAUGAAGAUAGUGAUGAUGUCGAUUCAGAGUCAGCUAAUAAUAUUGUAAAUAUAGAUGAAUUCUUAAUGGAAAAAUUGAACAAGGACCUUCAAUCAGUUGAUCUAGAGGAGCCAUUUUGCUGGCAGGCAUACAAUUAUGCUAAAGUAACUUUCAAGAUGGUGGGGACAUCUUUAUCUGGAAUGACUAUUGAUCCUAAAUCUGUAAGCAUCUUUCCAGCUGUUAAAGCACCUGUGGAGUUCUCAACUCAGGUUACUUCUGGGGAUUAUAUAUUAUGGAACACAUUGGGGAAAUGCCCAUUUACUGCCACAGCAAAAGUAUAGGGGUUGGGCAGGAAGUUUGGAAUGUAAUCUUUUGUGUUUUCAUUGGCAAAUAUCCUUUGUUUGUCUAAUUGGCUGCGCUAUGCUGCCAGCUUCAAAGUCUGUCUAAGCCUGGCGGAAGAAAAUUUUGGUGUCCGUUUCGAAGUCUGUCUAACCUGGCUGAAGAGAAUUUUACUGUCCGUUUGGAAGUCUGCCUAAGCCUGGCUACAGAGGACUCUGCCAUGCUUAGGUCACAGCCAUGGCUUCACUCAAGUAAGUGUUUUGCAGAUUGAAGUCAAGAUAAAGAUGGAUUUGUGAUCUUCUUGUGAUUUGUUAAAGAAGAAUGCUGGGAGAAACAGAUAUCUUGUAUUUUGUGUAAAAUUGAAGUACAUUAAGUUAAAUCAUUAUGGCGUUAGACACAGAGAAACUCAGAGUUCCUUCUGUUUACUUGAUCCAACAGUUUUGUUUUGGUUUGUAGGAGAUGAUCCCAUCAUUGAACCUUCAUUCCUUUCAUUGGAGAACAAUAAAACUUGUUGCGAACCAUUUUGUACAACGAUGAUUUAUAAAAUGCAUUCUGAAUUGGUUUUUUAGUUGAA